AUGAGACAGUCGUGCUCUUCCCACCGCAGCACGCGAGUUCCAAGGCACGGUGCUCCUCUGGUGAUGCCGCUCAGACCCUGGCGGGAGCCACAGGACAUCCGGGGGUGUCACAGCAGCCGCUCCUCGCAGUCCCUGCUGCCUGAAAGACCAAAGGAAGAAACGGAAUGCCCCCCGACGCCGCGUUCCCGCCCGCACAGCCCCACCGGGCGCCCCGCGCUACUCACGGCGGGGACCGGAGCUGUCCCGGCGGCCGUCCCUGUCCCGUCGGGCUCCUUGGAGCGGGCGGCCUCGGGAGCGCCUUCCGCUUCCCGGGGAGUGGUUUCUGAUUCAGAAGUCUUGAAAAUAUUGAGACAAUGUGAAGAACUUGAGUCAACAUGGAAAAUAAAUGAACGUCAGGCAGAAAUUCAGGGCAACUUCAAAGUUUUAACAGCUGAGAGAGACAAAAUUCUCAAUCUUUAUGAACAGGCAAAGGAGGAGAUUUCCCCACUUUGUCAAGAAGUUAUAAAAUGUCCAAGGACUCCUAAAGCCACAGUUCAAGCUGUAUUAAGACACAUGGAGAUAGAAAGGGAUACAGCACUGUCAGAUUUCCAAAGGAUGCCUGCAGAACAUGUUGGCCUCAGGGAGCAGUUACAGAUUUCCUGAGAAACUUUGUAUGAAAAGGUUCAUUUGGAACAGAGAGUUGAAGAGCUUGAAACUACUGUUCACAAUUUAGAUAGUGAACAGUUAGAACAGAAGUCCAAAGUGGCACUAAUGAAAGACACCACUGAUUCUCUGGAAACUGAGAUGAAAAGAUUGACAAGAAAACUAUUGGAUUCUGAAACUGAGCUGAGUUGACAGGAAGCUGAAUAUUUUUUUCUUAGUUUAUUGAAUGAAAAGACAGAACUGAGUCUUUCAGAGAUUCAGUGAAGCCUUGUGAGAAAAAAACUUGAAAUACAACUUAGCCAAGAGAAAAUUAUGCAUUUAGAUGAAAAAACUGAUAACUUUUCAAUAUGAAGUCUUGUACAACAAGAGGAGAUCUGUACUUUGAAAGAAACAAUUGCACAACUUAAUAUGGAGAAGUCAUCUCUGCAAGACUGUGUGGGAAGGGAGAGGAUUUCUACUUUUCAGUAAAGCCUGGCAAUUAACGAGAAAAUUAUUUCAGAUUUCAAGAUUCUGAUUUCAGAGUUGGAGCAUUCCAAAAAGCAAGGAUGAAAAUUCAAGAUCAUUAUAAAUGAAGUCUCCAUCUCCAGCUUGCAUCAACAGCUGCACAACCAACAAAGAACUCAGACUAGCAAGAACAGAGAAUCAUUAGCUCAGGAGAAUGACAGAUUAAAAGUGAAUCUUUCUAAUAUUAAGCAAGAAAUUCAGGUACUAUAUAAAAAACUAGCAAAGUACCAAACUGAGCUUGAUGAUAUGAAGUUGAAAACCCAGGAUUCAAACAGAGAUCUCUUUGGGCUGAAGCAUGUGCUGAAGUCUAAAGUGAGUAUAAAAAUUAAAACUGUUGGGAGAGAGAGCUGUGAGCUCUUGGAGAAUUAUCACAAAGCCUGUGAACAAGGAGAAAGUUGGGAAACAAAUUACCAUGAAGCAGAAACAGGCUUUUCCUGUUAGACUGGCAGAUCAGUGCAGUCUGAGAGCCACAGUUGGAAAGGGAAAAUAGAGUCCCUGGAAACACAGAUGGAGCAAGGGAUCAUUCUUUCCACAGCAUACAAGUCUCCUAUUUCUGCCUUAAGCAGCUCUUGAGUGAAAAUGGGCGAGGGCCUUAAAAACAUACAUUAGGAGAGAGUCUCUGUACUUGCAAAUAUCACAUCUAUACCAGAACUUUGUGUUAAACUAGAUGCAACCAAAGAAUGAUUAAAUUAGCAUUUAGUUUCCACAGCAAAGAAGGUAGAAAGCAUAUCUAAGUGUGAGUCAAACCAUUCUGAAAUAGAGCUGGUAAGAAAAUAACUGGGAAAUGAAAAAGCAUCUAUGAAAAACCUGGAAUCUUUGCUUGCGUCCAAUUGUGAGAAUAAAUUUCGGUUGCAGAGAGCAAAGCAAGAGAAAGACUCUGAAAUUCAGUUUCUCAAGGAACAGCUUGCUUUAGUAGAAAGUAUUCUGUGAGUAAAUGACCAGGAAUUUUACCUCAGAAACAGAGCAGCUCAGUUAGAGUCAGAACUGGAUAUCACCAAAACACAGCUGGGGAUUGAGCGCUUUGAUAGGCAAGUAUAACUGCGGGAGCUUCAACAUCAGAGGUGUACAAAUUCACAUCAGUUAAGCUCUACAUUAAAAAUAUCAUGA